GGUGGGGAUAGAGAGUAGCCUAGGUGCACAGGCUCACCUGGCUUAGUCUGGAUUCAGUGUGAUCAUUUGGAUCAAACUCAGACACAGACACAGAGUACAGUUUUAGUUAUAAACAAUGAGCACAGACAGAAAAAAGGACCCUCCUCCCUAUGUCAUACCAGUGUCGGGAGGUGCUGGAGAAGAAGGGGAUGGUGUGAGGGUCUACCACGUGCACACACCUUUCACACCUGGAUCAAGUACAAUCCAGCCUUUCGGACAAUCUGAUGUUAAUGAAAGCCCCUACACAUCUGCCGUCCAGGCACAAAAUGUCAGCUCAAGUCAUGCUGCAGCACCAACAGACAAGGGAGUGAAGAGGUUUGUGAGUGAGGAUCACCAACUAGGCCACAACCCAGGGAUGACGACCUGCACAAGCUGUCAGCAGCAGGUGCUCACUGAGGUCUCGUACAAAGUCGGAACGUACGCUUGGAUCAUGUGCUUUGUCUUCAUUCUGUGCGGGCUCGUGCUCUGCUGCUGUCUGAUCCCCUUCUUCAUGAAGCACUUCAAAGACGCCUACCACACCUGCCCCAGGUGCAAACGCGUUCUCUAUGUGGACAAGAAGAAAUGCUGUUCUUGACCUCCAUGUUGGCUCUGGGCCUCUUGGCAGCAGCAGCAUGGUGUCAUCGAGUCCUUUAGUUUACUGAGGGUCAAAAGAGACCUCCUGCUGCAGCUAGAGACAUUCUUUAAUAAUAGGUAAACUGAAGUUGGUUAUGGGUUAUGAAGGACUGUGACUCAUUCUUGAGUAGUCCACUGCAUCAGUGCCUCUGGUUAACCUUGUCUAGGGCAGGCUUGCCAUGUCUCUCACUGGGCAUGGAUGUCAACACAUACACUUAAUGACCUCUGAUGUGACAAUGCCAAAGACCUUGCUUAUACUGACAAAGUAGAAGCACUGUUUAGACUGCAGACUGUGCAAUAGCAAAACUGUAUUUUUAAGAUGUCUUAUAUAUUUACAUUAAAAGAUCAAUGUGCAUUUGGUAAUGUAUGAACUCUGAAGGAUGUUAACUUGAUUGGCAUGUCAUAUGUAUAUAAAUGUUUCCUGUAA